AUGAAUGCCACCAUACUAGAUUAUUUCCACUACCCGAAUGGGAAAACAAAAGAGUAUAGCAGACUACGAAAUUAUAUAACCUCAAAAUAUGGAAACAUCACCACUUUACUAUUAUUUCUAUUUAUAAUAUCCAUACCUAUUUACAAGUACUUUAUUAUUCACAAUUAUCACCAUCGAUUCAAAUCCAAUAUAAUACGUUCCUUUAACCGAAAGUUGGAUCAUUAUACUCAGCAUGAACACCAUCCAAACUGCCAAACUGCCACAUUCAAAGAUAGAUUUUAUACUUAUAUUGCCCAGUUAUUAAAAUCUAUCGUGUUCAACAUAACACUACGUUCAUCUACUAUUAUACAACUAUUGUUUUGGAUAACAUUCUUGACCUCAUUGUCUUUAGUUGAUAUUUACAAUGGCGACUUGAUAUUCUUAGCUAAACGACUUGGUCGAAUCCCAGCUAAUUGUUUACCAACAAUAUUGUUUUUGACUUUACGUCCAAGUCCCUUACCUCAUACUUUAUAUUUGACUUUGAUCCCAAUACAUAAAUGGUUGUCCAGACUAAUAAUUAUUCAGAGUGUUAUACACACGGUUUUAUACCUUGGAUAUUUUCAAAAAACGAACACGACCCAAAAGACUUUCAAACCCGAAAACAACUACGGUUGGGUAGCUUUGUUAGGAUUUGUAAUUAUUAUGAUAACUUCGUUAUCCUCAAUGAGAAAACGCUGGUAUAAGGUAUUUUAUUGCAUGCAUUACCUUUGGACAUGGACAAUAGUUGUGUGUCUUCAAUUUCAUAUCAGACCAAGUCCCUUCACAUUCUAUACACUUGCUAAUGUUUCAAUUUUGGUCGGACAAAUUGCAUACCGUGUAUGUUUGACCAGAGUGUCAAACAAAGGUGAAGUCAAGGUGUUUGAUGUUUCACCAAAUAUAGCAAUGAUUGAGUUUCCAAACCUGUUGAUUGCAAAAACCGCUACUGCACCUGGAGCACAUAUUAGACUAACUAACUACAGUUCAAGUUUCAUAGUCAGAGCAUUCAAACAGUUGAUUCCAAAUUAUCAUCCAUACACCUUAGUUUCCUUUCCCACUGACAAAUAUCAACGAUUAAUUAUUCGUAAAAGUAACUUCAAGUUAUAUAAUAUGAGAAGAUAUAUGAUAGCAGGUAGUUAUGACCCACACUUGUUGUUUAUUGGUUCAAAAUCAAGCCAAAAUUUUUCCUUGAGCAAAUUACUGGUCAAUGCUAAACGUUUAUUGAUUGUUAUUGGUGGAUCUGCUAUUUCAUUUGCAUUGCCAAUCUUGAGGGUUAUGAAUUACCAUGGGAUUCCCACUAAGAUUGUUUGGGUUAUCAAAGACUUUAGAGACGUACUAGUGCUUAGAUAUUUUGAUGGAUUCAUUCAUGGUGACGAUUUUGAGAUAUUUAUCACUGGUGAUAGCACAAUCAAAGAACAAGCAAAAACUCUUCGAAACGCAAUAAGCUGUGCUUCCAAUUUCAGCAAAAAAUCUAGAAUCUCCAGUCAUUUUGAUAUAGAACAUGAUGAAACCUCCCCGUUGUUGAGUGACAACAAUGAGUCACAAAUUCCUUUGAAUCUUGAAAAUCAAAUAGAAAAUGUCGACAUCAGUAUGAAUAGUGAUGACGAAGAAGAACAAGACAGUGAUUCAGACUGUACACACAAUGGGAUCAAUCAUUCUCGAUACGAGGACUUUAAUGACGUUGACGAUAUAUUAGUUGAUAGUAGUGAUAUUGAAGAUGGAGGGUCUGUCCGUGAAUUUGAGAUUACAGGAGAUAGUUUGAGCCCACAGAACACCACUCUGAGAAACGUUUCCCGCAAGUCGAGUGUAAAUGAACCAUUUGUUCCAUAUUUUGAACAGUCAUCAUCUGAUCAAACUAAAUCGUGGGUUCAGCAAUUUAAGCUGUUAACAAGAAGACUAAAUUUAGAGAAUAAAAUUUAUAAAGGUCGUCCUAAAUUGAAUCAUAGAUAUUACAAUUGGUGUAUCAAUGAAGGAUUUACACAGUGCUCAGGUCCCACAGAAGACGAAAACCACAAUUUGAUUUGCUGCCGUGACUUACCACGCAAUAAAGUUGUCCAAGAGGAUUUAAAUGCAGAAAAGAUCUGGGUUAUUUCUGCAGGACCAAAACCGCUUGUUGAAAAUGUUAAAUUAUGGGCCACUGAAUAUGGGUUGAAGUUUCACGAAGAAGCAUUCUAUUCAUAA